CUUAUAUUUUGGAAAUGUACAUCUAUUUUUUUUCUUAUUUUUUGGGGGGGCCAAGAGAGUGGGGCCCUGAGCUAUAACUUGUUUAGCUUAUAUGUAAAUCUGGUACUGGCUUCAAGUCAAUAGGAUCGCAGCCUAAAUAGUGCACAUUUAUUGGGAGGCGACUGGUUCCCCUCCGCCGCCACCUGUUCUGCGUCCACCCAGCAAGCUUCCCGCCUUUUUUAAAACCGGGUAGCAAUCAGGGGAGGAGGUCCAGCCCCUGCGCACGCGCGCGCGAGCCAAACCUUCGGCGGCCUCCGAUUGGCUCUUUUCGCCUAGCCGAGAUGCCUCGGUUAACCCACGCCUGCUCCUCCUCCCAUAGUGCCUUGCGGCCCGCUCCGUCACGUGACAGGGGGAAAAGGGAGCAAUGGCCGCCGUGGGGGCCGCAGGAAAGCCUUCCAGCCGCUCCCUCCCGGUUUUCCUCGCUCUCCUCCUCCUGCUGUCGUCGCCGUUCCUCGCCCGGGCCGCCGGAGCCGGGAGCUGCCGGGGGGAGUCGGGCCUCAGAGUGAGUCUCCUGAGGGGUGGGUAAUUAAUAUGCAAUGAGGGCCGAGCGGGGAUUGGCUGCCGGGAGACCGGCUGAUUAGUCUUCAAGAGCGUCUGCUGGGUCAGAGGAGAAGCCUGCUCAGUCCUGCGUUUGGUUUCGUACGGUGGCCGGCCAGGGGCCCCUGAGAAGCCCCAUGGGCAGGACACGGGGGCAGCGGCCCUCUCAGAGCUGCGUACGCGCCACGCACAUUUAAUCACGUUUCCCCUCCACGCACCCCAAAGGAUCCUGGGAACUGUAGUUUUCUUAACUUAGGUAAAGGUAAAGGGACCCCUGACCAUUAGCUCCAGUCGUGGCCGAUUCUGGGGUUGCUGCGCUCAUCUCACUUUAUUGGUCGAGGGAGCCGGGAUACAGCUUCUGGGUCAUGUUGCCAGCAGGACUAAACCACUUCUGGUGAACCAGAACAGCGCACGGAAACGCCGUUUACUUUCCCACCGGAGCGGUACCUAUUUAUCUACUUGCACUUUGACGUGCUUUCGAACUGCUAGGUUGGCAGGAGCAGGGACCGAGCAAUGGGAGCUCUCCCCAUCGUGGGGAUUCGAACCGCCGACCUUCUGAUUGGCAAGCCCUAGGCUCUGUGGCUUAACCCACAGCGCCACCCGCGUCCCUUCCCAAACGGCUUGCGAUUACUUAAACAAGGCUGUCUCUGCCCACAAACCAGAGGGGGAAGGAUGGAACAGGAAAACAGCAAACGAGUGCCACUUCCUAGGCUCUGUGGUUGAGACCACAGUGCCGCCCAGCACCCUUAAACUACAGUUCCCAUUGUAAAGCAUGGGGUGCUUUGCAAUGUAUAGCAUAUAUACAGACAGAUUCUGGAGGUGGCAUAGAGCCACAAUGACUGGUAGCCUUAACUCCCAUGAAUUUGUCUAGCCCCACCCCACGUUUGGAUCUGUGCCAGGUUGUGACUGUUGCAGUGUCUUGUGGCAGUGAGUUCCAGAGUUUUUAGCUUUCUUCUUUCUGAGGACGUACAUUGUUUUGCCUGUCCGGAAAGUCCUAGCAUUCAGCUUCUUUGGAAGGCUCGAGAAACUUGGGUGUCCAAUUCGAGUGUUAUAAGAGAAGGAAAACAGCCUCUCUUGUCCACUUUCUCCUCUUCAGAUGUAAUGAGCUCCUGCUUAGAAAUGAGGCAACUGCUCCAGCAGGAGUUCCACAGGGUGUUGUUGGCAUCACCACGUUGGGACAGGUGAAUUUCCAGUGACUUGAACUGGCUGCUGUGUGGCUAGAGAGGUGUUUCUCUUUGCACUUAGCACAACUUUUACCUAAUGAAGUCUGUGUCAUACUUCUUGCAAGUCACUUAAAAUGGGUGGAAAACCUGUUGCAUACACACUAUAACGUCUCAAGUGACAUUUUAUGCAUCUGAAGUGAGCUCUAGUCUAAAAAAGUUUGUCACAAUGAAUCAGUUAGUCUUUUAGGUACUAUAAUAUUUAGUUGUAUUUACAUGUCAUAAAUCUACUUUUUCUGGCAUUGCCCAUUGUUUUCACCCAGAAUGAAAGUAUCAGUAUUUUGUAAUCAGUGUAUGCCACCAAAUCUGUGAGAGUCUGUUCCCAAGCAAGACAUGCUGUGUAUACUGGCAUAGAGAAGCUCUGUUGUAUUUGCUUCAUGGCAAUCAACAGUGUGCUCUUUAAGAAAGUAGGUGCCAGGCCUGUUAAAUAGUUACACAUGUGGGAUGGGAAAGAACGGGCACAGCAGAGGAUGGGGACAGAAGCUGAAAGAAUAUCAGAAUCACUCUCUGAUCUACCUUUGCUCCUUCCAGCCAGGUGAGGCCCGUGACACUGAGGCCUGUGGACUGAACCUGCAGCUGGAGCAUUCAUUUGAGUUGGGUGAGUUGAUGGGGUAGGGAAGGACCCAAGGGUUUGUGAAGCUUGAUUAGGCAACAUACCCAGGGUGGGUGAAGGUUCAUGGCAUCAGGCUCAUCCACAACCUACACACUCUCAGCUGAAUGUCUAUAUUGUAUAAUCAUAGAAUUGUAGAGUUGGAGGGGAUCUGAAGGGUCAUCUAGCCCAACCCCCUGCAAUGCAGGAAUCUCAACUAAAGCAUCCAUGACAGGUGGCCAUCCAACCUCUGCUUAAAAACCUCCAAGGAAGGAGAGUCUACAACCUCCUGAGGGAGUCCGUUCCGUGUGUUCAUAAAUGUAUACAUGUGGGGAUCUUUUCAUUUGUGUGUAGUUGUAAGUACGUGACUCACCUUGGAUAUUUUGUGAUAAUGGGGGCUUGGCAUUGCAGAAUUAUUAUGAGCUUAAUUAUUAUUAUUAUGGCCCUACUGGGUUCAGGAAGGGUGCAUUUUGUUCAUUAAUGUGGGUUUUGGGGAGAUUUUCCCUAAUUUGCAUGAGGUUAUAGGCAUCAGGGAAUUUUCAGUUUACUUUGGGGGGGAAAUCUGAUAUCCCAGAAAGUGAUUUGAUUUAGUAUGCUUAUUUUACUUGUAAACAUAGCUAAAAGUUUUGAAACUGCCAGGCUUGCCUGAUGCAUUUGCAGUUGGCAUCAGUUCACUAAUGAACUGAUGGCAUUACUAAUGGCAUUACUAAUGAACUUAUGAAACGGGGGGGGGGAAUCCAUUAAAAAAUGAAGCACCCCACAUUGCUGUUGCUGCUGUUGUGCCCCUCCCAGAUACAAGCUUGGGUUUUAUCUCCUGCCACAGGCAAUGUGGGGUGUAAGUCACCCCUAAUGUUGUAUGUGAAGCAGAAGAGGAAGAGAUUACUUUGCAGAGAUUGCUUUGGAUAUGACGAGUGAGGCUUGAGAAGGCCUUCUCCUUCAGAAUGUGGGCUGUAGUCCAUGAAAGCAUAAAUCAUAACUUUCCUCUUCCAUGCACUCUUGCAAAACCCUGGCCCUUGUCCAUUCCGUUUCCCCCAGCAGUACUGUCACUGGAAAGCACUGUAAGUUUCCCAGACUAGCUGAGAGGAGGGAAAGCCCUGUCCCCUCUAUUCUGUUCCCAGUUCCUGGGAAAGGUGAAGUGAAGCACCCCUGCCCUCAAGUGGGGCAACUGCUGCAUUGAGGAAAGAUUAAAGAAGAGUCCCUCUGCAGCUGUCCAGCACUUUCACAUGCCUACUUUUGCCCAAGAAUUUUUGACUACGUUUGUCUUCCAAAAAUAAAAGUUCCUUAAAAAUACAUAUUUUAAAAUCCACCAAGCAAUUUCUUGUUUCAGUCUUCAACAGUGCCUGCUUAUGUAAACGCAUCUGUGCGCACCUGUUCUCUUUUUGUGCUACACUGGGGUCUAGAUUGUGUUGGUAGGGCUUGGCUUGAUGGUUGUGUGCAUUCCACCUCUGAAGGGACAGAAAUGUGUCGCACCAGUGGAUUUCUGAUGGGAGGUCUAGUUGGAACUAAGACUCUUGGGAUCUCCAGAUCUGGGCCUUGCUGGUCAGGAGGUAUAUACAGAAAGAGGCAUGGGACUCAUCCUACCGGAGUUUGACCGUGAUCCAGGGCCCUGUGGGAUUUUCUUUCUCUUUCAGAUGACAGCAUCCGGUUCAAAAAGCGGGGCACCCUCUUGUGGAGUGUGGGCCCCGACUCCAGCCUGUCACUAAGCCAGAAGCAGUUGUCUGAGGAAGAGCGCAACAAACUCAGGGUGAGUGUGGGUGGAAGAGGAGAAGCCUUGCCUUCACCAGGAGAAGCAGUCUCAGUUAGCUAAGGGGCACUUUGAAAGAGAGCGACUUUCUUCUAGUGAGGGUGACUCGUGGAUGGAAGGGGGACUUUGGUGAUGCUGCACUUGGAGUGUGUGUUGUGUGCCAUGCACCUGCCAGCUACCAGCAGGAUAGUGUGUCUUCUUCUUUGACGAUCGCUCGUAGCCAAGUAAGAUUGUCUUCCAUAAACACGGUUUUAACAGUGAGUCCAUAAGUGACUGUGGAGGCCAAUUCUGGAUCCACACAUCCUUCCACAAUGGGGACAUAGGUUUCCGGGCGGGAGUUGAUCACGGUGAGGGUUUGCCAAGUGUGCCUUCCUCUUAGUGCGUUUCUCCCUUUCGUCCUGAGUUCGAGCGUCUUCAAAGCCCAUGAUACCUUGGUAAAGGCUGUUUUCCAGUUGGAGCGCUUGCAGGCCAGUGUUUCCCAGUUGUUGGUGUUUAUGCUACAUUUUUUAUGGUGGCUGUGCCUCUGAAACAGAAUUGUAGCAUCCCAAGGACCUCUUUUUUUUUUUUUAAAGGAGCAAAUUUCUGUCUCUCCUGAUAGAAGUUUGUAAAUACUUCACUUUCCCAUUAUUUCCUUCUGUAUGUUUUUAAAGGCUCUAAAUUACUAUCUGAAAGCAAAAUAAGCCAUGCAGAACUAGUCAAAUGUAUUCCAAUACCCUUGAGUUUUGAUUGUGCAACCUUGAUAUGGUUCCUUUAGCUGGGGUGGGGUUUGGGGGAGUUGGGCGCCUUGUGCCUCCUUUCUACUUAAGUGUCUCUUCUCCACAAACCCCAGGAAGUGGCAACAGAGGGUGGGAUGUACCGUGUGCGGAUCCCACGACGGCCCCUAGGCAGCAUGGAGGAGGCUGGAGUUGAAUACGUCACCUCUUUCAUCCGAGCGGUGAGUGCCAUUCAUGGGGAACCCUGGGCAGGGGUCCUACUUUUCUGCAUGUGGAGAGUGCAGAUGGAGAAGCUGAAUUCUGCCCAGCAUCUUGGACCGACAUCACCUCUUUGCCAGAAUACCCACAAACGGGUGGAUUUCUUUCUCCCAUAUACACCUGCCUGGACUUUACAGUCGGGUAGAGGUGACUUCUUAGCAGCACUGUAGGCAACAUUUGAGAGGGCAUUCUCAAUAUUGACACUCAGUUGCGGAGUCCCCUCCCUUCACAGAUUGCACUGGCACAAACCCUGAUGGGCUUUCAGUGCCAGGCAAGAAAACAUUUUCGCUCAGGCCUUUGGCCACACUGGAUGUGGAGUUGCAUAGCCUGCCCCCCUUUGCCCCAUUGAAUUAUUGUAUGUGAAGGUGAGCUUAUUGUUUUACAGGUUUUCUGUACUUGGUUUUCAUUGUGUAUUACGUGUUUACAUUUUACACUGUAAAAUGAUUGCCUUGGAAUUGCUUUAAGGAAGAGCAGUCUAAAAACUUGCUAAAUAAGUAUCUAGCCUAGGCACAUGACAGCUUUGGAAGUGGUUGAGGGUACAUGUAUCUUUUGUGGGGGUUUGACAGAGGGAGAGCCAGAAAUGUGGGGAAAUAUUGGCUUGGUUCCUAAGUUAGAAACUUGUCUGUGAUGCUUCCUAAAGGCGCUAGGGGGCUGAUUCGGCUCCAGAAGAAAGGAACUCCUUCCUUGUUGGCACAGCUACCAAGAACCCAACUCCCACAUGCACUUGGGGUUUGAUCAUUAUUAUCCUCUAAUCUUAAGAAACUGGCAGAACGUCGGAAGACAGUGGCCAAGUUCAAAAUGAGUCUGUCUCUGGUCAGAGGAUUGCCUGCUGUGGGCUCCAUUUACUCACCACCGGUAGUUUUUUAGCUGAGCCGAGGAAGGCCAGCUUGCAUCCCAUUGCUUGUUUGCGUUGGAGAAAAGGGUAAGAUGGUCAACAACUUCUGUCUGUCUUCCCCUUCCUUGCAGUGCUCCAUGGUGGAGUCUCAUCUGUCAGACAGGCUGACUGUUCACACGGAUGUCGCUGGCAACAUCAUUGGUCUCUCCAUUGUCACCAUGCCCAGUUCCUGCCAUGGGGCUGAGGUGGAAGAUGUGGACCUGGAGCUCUUCAAUACCACCGUCCUCCUCCAGCAGCCCAUACCAGCAGCUGUGUGAGUCUCUGUGUGCAGUUAGGCAGGGCUGGCAGCAGGGGUUCUGGUAGGCAGCGAAGUAGGUAACAAAUGCAUGGAACUCACUGCCACAAGAUGUGAUGAACACUUGCUUAGAUGUCUUGUAUAAAUGAGGGGAGGGACCGCAGAACAUUGCUUUGUGUAUUAUUAAUAUUAUUACUUGGUCCAUGGAGAAAACUGUACAGUGGUACCUUGGUUUGCAACCGUUUUGGAUUGUUGUUGUUUAGUUGUGUCCGACUCUUCAUGAUCCCAUGGACCAGAGCACGCCAGGCACUCCUGUCUUCCAUUGCCUCCCGCAGUUUGGUCAAAUUCAUGCUGGUAGCUUUGAGAACACUGUCCAACCAUCUCGUCCUCUGUCGCCCCCUUCUCCUUGUACCCUCCAUCUUUCCCAACAUCAGGGUCUUUUCCAGGGAGUCUUCUCUUCUCAUGAGGUGGCCAAAGUAUUGGAGCCUCAGCUUCACGAUCUGUCCUUCCAGUGAGCAUUCAGGGCUGAUUUCCUUAAGAAUGGAUAGGUUUGAUCUUCUUGCAGUCCAUAGGACUUUUUGGAUUACAACCCAUUUUUUUAAUUUUUUUUUGAGGCCCCAUUGGCAAAAGCGCGCCUUGGGUUACAACCUGUUUUGGUUUACAACUGGACCUCCGGAACGGAAUAUGAUUGUAAACCAAGGUACCACUGUAUUGAAAUGUGUUGGUCAUAUCACAUGUUGUAAUAAUAAUCCAUUUAUUUUUAGCAGCAGCAUGAGGAUUUGCACCUCCCUCCGCUCUCUCUCGUGCUCUCUCUCUCUCUCGCUCUCUCUUUUCUGGCUUUGACUUCUUUUUUUGCCACUGACGGCCUUUUGCUUUCUUCCACAGCCCUGAGACGGCAGCGUUUAUUGAACGCAUGGAACAAGAGCAGGCUCAGAAAGCCAAGAAUCCGCAGGAGCAGAAAUCUUUCUUUGCCAAAUAUGUAAGUGGGGAUGGGGAAGAGCAGCUGCCCAGCUCCUCCCUUCUCUUCCUCUCCCCUCCAUACAAAAAUACAGAAUAAGUUCAGGAGUCCGACUGCUGGCUUGACUCUGAAUCUGGUCAAAGCACUGCUCUUGGGUGAGGGUGGAGGGCGAUCCCUGCUCCCUACUCUGAUAUCUGUUCUCCCCAAUCCCUGCAGUGGCAUUUAAUUCUGGGCGGGGCAGUGCUUCUCCUAGCAACCAGCUCUGCAACGGCCCCUCGGGAGCCAGGACGACAGCCCUGAGCAAAAGUAAAGCCACACUCAGCUCAUCUUGCUUCCAUCUUCCUCCUGCACACCUUCAAUACUUUUCGGUGCUCCCCUUUCUCCCUCCCUCCCACACCCCCGCCAAUAUCUCCCUGAAAGGACACCCCCCCACACAAAAAAGCCUUUCCUGUAAGCCUCUUUCUGUCUCACAACCUCUGUAUGAGGAUGAGAAAGCUUUGGCCCUCCAGGUGAAGAACUCCAGCCCCUGUCAGCCCCAGGCAGCAUGGUUUGGGGUGAAGGGAGUUAUAGGAUGUUAUAGGAGUAACAUCUGGAGGGCCCUGGGUUUCCCACCCCACUGCUGUCUAUCAAGGUGGAGGGUGCUUAAGGUAGAUAGAUGCAUCUUCCCCCAUUCAUCACCUGUGGAUCGAUUGACUCAGUGGGCUGGUGUUCUAUUUUCUAGUCCCUGGUACAGUACAUUCCAAGAACGGCCAAAGCCUUCAAAAGCUUGUUGCCACAUUUUGUUUUGAUUUCAUUUACCUACUACUUGCCCUGCUUGAGUCAAGAAACUCACCUCCUCUGGCCCUGGUUGGAUAGCUCUUUGUGAAAAGAAAGCCAGGCUCAUUUUAUGGAAACAGAAGUCUAGCCCUUCCUCUGUGUCCUUUUCCGUUUCGUCCUGCCAGGCUCUCGCUCCCCUGCACCCCACCAAAGCAUGGCAGAAUCAAAAUUCCCUUUUCUGGUGGAAGGUCCUUCCUUCUUCAUGGGCACAACCCCCUUUCCACUGGCUGUCACGGAGACUUAACCAUUUUUAAUCCCUGGUGGCGGGAAUUUUGUGAUUGGGAUUUGGAAAAAGGGACCAUGUCUGCGUGCUGUUGGGGAGGGAGGGAUACAUAACACGGAAUGGCGUUUUGGUUUUCAAGUGAACCCUCUUCUGGAGUGCGAAGUGGCUGAUGGGGGUGGGUCAGACCUUGAGGGUGGUGGGGGCACUUGUUGCCAUUGCCCAGGAGGAGAAUUCAGGGAAGGAGCAGUCGCAUUGCACAGGAGGGAGAGCCUCUUUUUCAGCUGUAACCUCUUUCUCUUUCUCCCACAGUGGAUGUACAUCAUCCCCAUUGUCCUGUUCCUCAUGAUGUCUGGAGCACCUGACGCAGGGGGACAAGGAGGGGGCAAUGGAGGCAGUGCCGGGGGAGGGGGGCGGUGAGGGGAACCUGUCUUUCCUACGUUGCGGGAAGGAAUCGUGUAAAUAAAUAUUGUUGGAGG